AUGUCGAUAUUGCAGCCUCGCAGAUGGCAUGAGAGGGGCUCAGCAGAUCACGGCUGGUUGAAGACUUUUCAUACCUUUAGCUUUGCAAACUACUACGAUGCCAGAUUUGAAGAUUUCGGACCGCUCAGAGUGCUCAAUGAGGACAGAGUAGCGCCAAAGACUGGAUUUCCAACCCACGCUCACAAUAAUGCAGAAAUUUUCUCCUACAUCAUCUCUGGGCAGCUGACCCAUCGUGAUUCUAUGGGCAAUGUGGAGGUGCUCAAGCGGGGAGAAGUGCAGUUCACCAGUGCUGGGUCGGGCAUUCGACACAGCGAGUACAACGACCAUGCGAAUGAAGAGGUGCACUUCUUGCAGAUUUGGUACACGCCAGAUGAGCGCAACUUGACGCCCAAGUACUACUCUACACCUCACAUCGACGAUGUGGAAAAGCGCAAUCGCUUCCUGACGCUCAUCAAGCCCGCAUGCACAUUUAGCGCUCAAGAGCUAUCACAAAUUGGUCUCUUGCCAGCGGGUCGAGCCAUCCCUGCUCACUGCAGUCUAUCCACCUCCGUCAGUCUUUUAAGCGCAGGCGCUUCGGUAAAGUACGCCAUCGGUUCUCAGACCGAAAGCAAGGCGGGGAGCGAAAGAUGGAUCUACAUUCACCUGGCCAUGACGUCGGGCUGGAAAGAACCUCGUUUGCACGCUCAGCAUAUCAGGAAAUACGUCGUCCCCAAUCAACCUCACCAGACGAGAUUAGAGCACGCGGCGCAGUUCCUUCGAGGUGUCUAUGCUCGUACUGCCUCGUGGGCUAGCUAUCCCGCCCCUUCCAACCGAUCCUACCGCCCAACUCGAAAGGCUUUGAGCUCUCGAGCGAAGAGACCAAGGGUCACUUUGACUUUUGCUCAGAGUAUCGAUGGAUAUAUAGCCGGAGAGGGAAAGGAGCAGGUCGCGCUGAGUAGUUCUGAAAGCUUCGUCAUGACGCACGCGUGGGUCCGAAAUGUUUGA